AUGCAUUAUGAGCGAGCUGGAGACCAGUUUGGUGCCUGGGUUGUUGCUGGGUUGCCACUGAACCAAGCCAACAUUGCAGUCCUGCCACCCCAUUUUAUCGACAACAACAGUGACGUGGUCGCCGCCGCGCUUGUCGUCACUUUCCCAGUGUUUGCCAAGGUCGCAUCAAUGCGUGGCACCCUGGCUCAUGGACUGGCUUCUCUCGUGCACCACUUCGCCUAUGUAGUAGACAACCUACCUGCCAAAUACAUCAUCUUUGGCACGCCCAUCUUUCGCCAUCCACUCAUGCUUGAAGCGCUGAAAGUCCAGCUCGCAGGAACAACCCCACGACUCCAAUCUUCCGGCACCCCACCGUACAUUGAAGUCUACUAA